AAUCCCCUCGCUGUCAUGUCUUCAUGUCAAGUCCGAAACCCGGCUGCACCUUCACUGCUACAUCACUAGAGAUCCUAUGCUUGCAAGGUCAAGACGAUUCCUGACGAAAAUAUUCUCAGAAUGCCAAUCGCCACCUACCCAAUCCCCUCUUUCCUCCACAUCGAGCCUGCUCAGAGAUCCAGCGCAAACUACGGUAUCCGACACUGUGCCACAAACAGCCACAUCUCCAGAUUCUCAAGAGGUCGGAACAACUGUGACCAGCCCAAUGAAUGUGGAGUCUAGCGAUCCGAAACGCUCUACGGCAUCCAGCACGGCGUUACGGAGAAUGAAAUCCCCACCUUGGCAGAAGGACCGAAUAGCUGCGGCUCGCGCAAAAUGGACAGGAUCUCUCAAAUCCGAGACCCACAAGUACAAGCCUUCACCUCAGAGACUUGCCCGUCCAAGGGCUGACGCGCCUGAAAUCUAUUCGAGCGGAACCAUGGAAGAACCCGUCGAAGAGCAUGCUCUAGAAACUCUCAUUGUGAUGAACAUCGGUCCGCAGAUCACUGAGGAAGACUUAUGGACAAGGUUCGAUAAAAUCGCCCGUAUGCGUGGUACCUGGAUCGUGCGCAAUUGGUUUGGAGAGACCCUCACCUAUGCCUUUAUCCGCUUCCGACGCAGCGACUACGCCAGUCGCAUCAUGCAACUCGCCAGGCGAGUACCGAUCUUUCUUGACGGCCGACCCAUCACAUUGCGAUGGGCGCACGGCGACCAUCCCCCUCCACAGCGCAACCACCUCAUCGUCAUCGGUCUGUCGAUGCUCGUCACAGAGGAGGACGUUGGGAAGCUCUUCCACGAGUACGAUAUGCGGCGAGUCAUUAUACAGAUGAACCCACAGACGGGAAGGUAUGCACGUGUGCACUUUUGGACGGAAGACGGCGCAGCGCAGGCGUACCUUGGCCUCCGAGACGCACGAUCGAAGCUGGGCGGCUACCCUGUCUCUGUGGUCCGCGACGGUUGGAUCACGGAGGAUAUGAUGCCUUCCUCUGUGUUAUGCCUCAAAGCGCUGCCGAAGGAAGCUACCGAAGCGCACGUUCAAGCAUUGUUCAUGCCAUUUGGGGAUGUCGUGAAACGCGUCGCUAUGCCCCGAGGCGAACGUGGGGCACAGCACGCAUUCGUGACGGUGUCUUCGGUGGAGGUCGCACAGAAGGUCUGGUCUGCGGCGCAUAAAAGGCCGUUCACGUUGUGGGGAAGGACGCUUCGGGUGGGAUUUGCGAGGCCCCCGACCAGCAGGAUUACCAUAUUCUCAUCGCACGCCCAUCAAUUGAAGAGAAUCGACCUGUGAUUGUUGGGCAGUGUCCAACAUCCACAAUCGUUCUGAGGCAACUGCCAAGGUGCGGAGACCAGUCUCCAUCGACUGAACAGUCUCUUAACAUGGAAGUUGGAGAUUGCUAAGCGCACCCGUCGUAGCCAGCUUAUGCAAGGUUUGGCACAAUUAUCUGCCAAACAGGGACUAUGAAAACGUUGGCUCGAUGGAGUCAUGAUGUUCGAAGCUUGAUAGAUUCCAUAGUCUGCCCAUGCGAGACUAUUCCGAGCUUGCAGAGGGUGUCCCUGGAUUAUUGUUGGUAUAGUCCCUUUACGGAGGAUACUGAUCAUCGAUGCUCUGCCCAUCCUGUUGCAGUGCUAUGAAGUGUGCGUUUGGUAACAACGCUUUCUGCGCGCAACGGCUUGUAGUUGGCUCAAAGUCUUUUAUAUGUCUGCUCUCGCGUCAAUGUUAUUUACGUCAUCGACCUUGAUGAAUCCUGAGAUGGAG